AUGAGCGAUCCAGCAUCUACCGUAAAGUUUAUCGAAGAUUUGAAAGUUCCAUCACCAUUUGGUGCUAAUGUCUCCGAAUUUGUCGAUUCAAAGAAGAAGCCAAUGAAUAGUUUCAUGACAUAUCGUCGAUCUAUCGUAAAAAAGAUGAAUUCAAAUGGAUUAGUCUACGAAAUGAAGGAACUCUCGAAAUUGGUCUCGAAAAAAUGGCGUGCUGAGCCUGAUGCUGUUAAAGAGGUGUUCAAAAAUUAUUCUCAAGACGUUGCAACUUGUUCAAAUUAUUCUUUUGCUUCGAAAGCUCGUAAUCAAAAAUGGAUUUAUUAUGAAGAUUCUAAAUUCAAAAGAAAACCAUAUACUUAUCGCGGCAAAAUCAAAACACAGAAAAGUAAAAUCGAAUUGAUAUCUGAAAAAUUAAUAGCUAAUACGAACGAAUCUAUCGAAAAAAAUCCUCCAUCCAAUGAAUUUGCUAACGUAGAUCCCAACAAAUCCCCAGAGGUUCCUCCUCCAAUCGAACCUUUAUCUGAACAAUUUACAAUGCCUCAUAGUAAGCAAACCAUUGAAACAUUAGCAUUUGCUUAUCAUGAUAAUGAUGCAAACACAACAGAACAAUUGAAAAUACAAAAACAGUCAAAUUGUGCAUCAAAAUACAUUUCGUAUAAUGAAAUAAUAUCUUAUUCUACCUUUGAAAACUGUGAUUAUAAUGGAAAUCUCACUAAUUUGGAAUUUAUCCCAUCGGUGGAAGACGCAUAUUUUGUUGGAUUCACAUAUCAAGACCUCAACUUGAAUGAUGACUAUAGAACCUACUUUUAA